GCCUUCCUCGCCGCCAUGGCUCGGUCGCUGCCGCUGCCGCUGCCGCUGCUGCUCCCGGGGCUGCUGCUCUGCUGCGGGGGCGCCUCGGAGCUGCGCCGCCCGCCCGCCCGCAUCGGUGUGAUUGGAGCUGGCAUCGGGGGCACCUCUGCAGCUUAUUUCCUUCGCCAGAAGUUUGGUAAAGACGUUCAGAUCCAUGUCUUCGAGAGAGGAGCGGUGGGGGGCCGUCUGGCCACCGUCAGGCUGGAAGGAAAGGAUUACGAGGCUGGAGGGUCCAUCAUCCACCCCCUUAACCUGCACAUGAAGCAUUUUGUCAAGGAACUGGGGCUUUCUGAACACCAGGUUCAAGAUGGGCUCAUGGGCAUUUACAGUGGGGAGGAAUUUGCCUAUGUGGAGAGCAGCUGGUACAUCUGGAAUCUUUUGAAACUCUUCUGGCGUUAUGGGCUGAACCCCCUGCGAAUCUACAUGUGGGUGGAGGAAGUCUUAGAAAAAUUUAUGAGGAUCUAUCGGUACCAGUCGCACGACUAUGCCUUCAGCAGCCCUGAGAAUUUGCUCCAUGCCGUCGGAGGGGCAAAUUUCCUUCACCUGCUGAACCAGACCAUUGAUGAGUCCCUGCAAAAGGCCAGAUUCUCUCAGAAGUUCAUCAAUGAGAUGGUAACCGCUGUCAUGCGAGUCAACUAUGGGCAAAGUGCCAGCGUCAACGGCUUUGUAGGGGCUGUAUCUUUGGCUGGAGUAAAUGCAGGACUUUGGUCGGUGGAAGGUGGCAAUAAAUUGGUGUGCACAGGCCUUCUGGAUGCUUCCAAAGCGCAGCUGAUUUCUGGCCGUGUUAUUUCUGUAGAAGCAAAAACAAGGCCAAAUGGACGUGCAGGUGGUCCAAUGAAGCUGUAUGAGAUUACCUACAAUUCUACAUCUGGAGUAACAUCAGAUGUCUACGACAUCCUUCUCAUCACUACUCCCUUGCAACGGGAAAUCGCCAACAUAACUUUCCGCAACUUCAACCCCCCGAUUCCCAAGUUCUCUGCUCCCUACCACCAGACAGUGGCAACGUUUGUCCAUGGACACAUUAAUGCUUCUUUCUUUGGCUACCAGGAUCCUUCUCAGUUCAACUUGGCAGCCAUUUUCACCAUGGAAGACCCCCAUCUGUUCAUCAACAAUGUUGGCAUAGUUUCCCCGAUCAACCUGAGCCCUCCAGUCUGGAAAGUGUUCUCUCGCCAGCUGCUCACCAAAGAGCAGAUGAAGCUGCUCUUCUCCUCCUACGAUUCGGUGGAGGUACAGAAGUGGCUGGCCUACCCACACUACAGCCCCCCCGAGAAGUGCCCACCUUUCAUUCUCCAUGACCAGAUGUAUUACACCAGUGCUAUAGAGUGGGCAGCCAGUGCCAUGGAGAUGAGUGCAAUCUCUGCCAAAAAUGCGGCGCUCUUGGCCCACCAUCGCUGGUACAGUAAGAUGAAUAUGAUCAAUCAAGAGGAUUUGCAUGAGAGACUCAAGACAGAACUUUGAAUUGGCAUCCGGUGAUGGGUGGAGCGUGCGUGAAACUGGCAACAAAUCUUGGAUGUUGAGUACAAGUGUGCAAAAUGUCUGAAAUUUGAAAUGCUCCAUUUCAAGCCAGAAAUGCUCUGAGCUUAAAAUGUCUCCAUUUGGCAGUAACUAGGGCUGUUUUAAGCUCAGAACAUUCCUGGAAGGGUCAAAAUACUUCUGAUGAGGUAAGAAACUUGAAACAACCAUCUUCAACUCAAAAUGAUGUUUCAAGCUUGAAAUAGGAGCCUUUUAAAAAUACUGUAUCUUCUGGAUUUCUUUUGCAAAUCACUUAUUUAAGUAAUUCUUUUGGGCACAAGAAAAGCCUUCCGGCUGCCAACUCAGGUAUUUUACAUAGUGUUUCUUAAAACCACCGAAUAGAGUUACCAACAGACUUCAUGUAUGUGGUGGUCUCCCAGACAGUAACUCCAACAACUUGUUAGUUUUGUAUGGAAGUUGUUAUUUUUACAAAUCUGGAGGUCACUCGUUUGGAGAAUGGUACAGAAAAAAAAUGAAUAUGCUUGAUUUGAACUUCUUUUAAUUGGGCUGUUCAAAUAAUUGAAGUGAUACUCUUUCAAAUUCAUAUUUUUAAAGUUUUUUGUGUGUAGUUACACAAAUGAGUAGGACUUCUAAGAGGAAAAGUCACUUGCUGAGAUGGGCAGCUAUAGAAAUCAAAUUUUAAAAAAAGUCAGUUCAGCUGUUCUGGCUGCAUUUACUAUGGGGCACUAGCUCUGAGUAAGUCACUCCUUUUUUGGAGGGGAGAAGAUAUAGGGCAUUCAGAAUGGCUUUUGACAAGCUCUUUCAGCACAUGUAGAGUAGCACCUACCAAAAACUGCAUUAAAAGAAAAUAGCUUGAAGGGGAAAAAUAAAAACAAGUAUCUGUGAAAGGGAGACUUGGGCAGCGUUAAUAAAAAUUAUCCCUGUGUCUUUAUCAGGCAGCCAGGAAAAUUAUACUAGCAGGCAGCUUUCCUUUUAUUACUCUUGAAAAAGUAAACUGAUGCCUUAAGCCCACAGAUUAUUACUGGACUGUAAUACAGCCUAACAUGAACUAUGUCUCACAUUACUUUAUGUGCAUUUUGUUUAGGUAAUCACUUCAACAUCCAAGGGGAGCAUGUGUAUUUAGAGCCACGUAUUAGGGUUUAGAAAAACACAAUUUACAACAGGGUUCUACUUACUUGAGGCACACUUGCUACAGGGGACAACUCUUGAGGGAGAUGCGCAGUGAUGAAAUUUGAUUGAUAAAUAAUGCUAUUCCAGAAGCAAUUAAGUAAUAAAGAUUUAAGCCACCUAAAAGCAGUAGGAAAAGUAUUUUGAAUACAAAAGGUAUUGAUUCUUUGAACUGAUACACGAGGGCUUUGUUCAUUCUGUCCAUCCAUGACCGUGUGUUAG